AUGUCCUCUCCGAACUCGACCAUCGUCCUCGACGGCUUUCCGCUCCCACCAGAAGGCGCGAACCCGUUCGCGUACUACGAGGUGGCCCUCGUCGCGUCGCUCAGGCGCCAAGCGGACGUUGGGUUCACGGUCCGGCAGUCGUUCCUGUGCGCCCUCCUCGGCUACACCAUCAUCAUCGCGGCCAUCAACGUCUUCAUCGUCGUCCGAGAUGGCAGGAGGAGGGGCAAGAAGCUGUUCCUGUGGCGCCUGCUCGCCCGUGAGCGCGGUCGCUACAUCGUCGGCAAUCGUCAAGUUCUCGAGCCGCUACUCACGUUCCUCGUGACGCCGUUCCUCAUGGCGAGCGUCGCCACAGAGUGGGUGACGACGUUCGGCACCGACUACUCGGACUCGACGGGGCCUUUGCGCCUCGUACCGUGGCUGCUCCUCUUUGUCCAGAUCUGGCUCGUGAGCUGGGCCUCCUUGCAGAGCUACAUCAUCACGGCGAGCGACGCGACCCGCUUUGUUCGGGCCAUGAGUCCACGCGUGACGAACGGCCUGUUCCUCGGCCUCGGCGCGGCCAUGUUCAUCAUGCUCAUCGUUGGUACGUGCUUCGGCAUCCGAGCGGGCGUCGACCUCGGCAACGCGCUCAACACGACCAAGGUUGCGCUCGUCCAUGCCGGCGAGGCCUGGCCGGACGUCUCGCCGAGCGCGGUCGCGCAGAUCCAGGACGACUGGGAGAAGGUCGGCGAGGCGCGCCACCGGACGCACGUGGCGUCCCUGAUCGUCAUGACGGCGUUCGUCGUGUCGCCCUUCUUGACCGCGCUCAUCAACGUCGGCGGUAUCGCCCUGCUCGUCGUCGUGCACCGCCAAAUCGCCGAGAACCACCGCACGUUCACUCGCGCCGUCCAGAUCACCCAGUUCGCGCCAGAAACAGCCGCGUACGACGCCGUCGAGGAGGACGAGCAUGUCGACGCGCACAGCAAGGAGCCGACCUCUGCGCCGCCGGCGCCCGCUCGUCCGCCCCUGCCGACACGCACCUGGACGGGCACGGUCACGCACGGCAUCGCGUCGAGCGUCGAGACGCAGCCGUUCGACAUGUACCUGUCGAUCACCUCGCAGGCCGCUGUUGACCUCACGUCGAGUUCGUCGCCGUCGCCGACAAGGUCGACGCAGGCGCCGGGCCAGCUGCCAAGGUUAUCGCCGUCGUCCCGUCCUUCGCGCUCCGCGAUCAGGCGCCUCGCCGAAUCAGACGGAGGUGGACUCGCGGUGGCGCAAGCGCAGAACUUGCAGCGCCUGCAGCGGGCCGAGGUCGACCUCUUCAUUACGGGCAUCGUCGGCGCCCUCAUGGCGCUCUCGCUCGGCAGCCUCGCCCUGUACGUCGACCUGACGGUCGACGAGCUCGCGACGACCGACUCGCCGACAGCCGAGGUCGUCAUCUUUCUCGGCUCGUGGAUCUACGGCGCCAUCCAGGCCGUCGGCCUCACGGCGCAGCUGCGCUCGGUCCUGCUCAACGGGACCAAGGCGACGGCCGGCGGCGUCGUGCUCGACCUGUCGUCGGUCGGCGGCGGCGGCACGCUCAGCAACGGCAUCGGCCAGCCGCCGAUGCAGUUCCGCAUAGGCGCGACCGACAUGCUCGCGCCGGCAGUCACCGCCGCCGCUGCGCUCGGCUACAUGCCGUCGCUGCCGGCGACAGCGUGGAACGAGCAGGACCUCGAGGCUGGGAGGAAGAAGAGCGAGGGCAAGAAGGGUCGUCUGUGGCUGCCCUCGCUGCGAGGCUCACGGCGCGGGUCAAAAGCCGAGGACAAGGAGGGCGCUCCCGUUGCAGGUGCCGUCGUCGAGUUCGGCGAGCCGGAGUCGUCGUCGGCGUCGGCGUCCGAGAGGAGGUCUUCCUUCUACCGUCGCCCAACGCCCCUACCCGUCGAACCGGCUCAUCGGCUCCCCCGCCUCCACCCUCCCCUCGCGACCGUCCAAGCCCCUGCGCCGCCCCGUCGAGCCGCCAUGCUCGACCGCGACGCCCUCCUGUUCUCGCCGACCCGCGACGGCGUGCCCUCGAGUGACGACCACUUCACCGCCGACGACCUGCUGGGCGCGCAAGAAGCGCUCGAGGCCGAGGCGAGGGAGACGCUGCCGUACCGGUUCGACCAGUGCACGUACGACCUCGGCUACAUCAAGCAGCCGCUCUGGGCCUGUCGCACCUGCCUCGGCGACCGAGCCGUCUGCGCGGCAUGCUCGAUCGCGUGCCACUCGUCGCACGAGCUCGUCGAGCUGUUCAACCGGCGGUCGUACCGGUGCGACUGCGGCACGGCGGUCAUGGGCGCCGGGUCAUGCUGCACCAUCUCGGGCCGCGACGACGCCGACCCCAACUCGCUCAACCGCAUCGACGACAACUUUCGCGGCAAGUUCUGCUACUGCGGCAAGCCGUACGACCCGCACACCGAGACGGACGACAUGCUCCAGUGCCUCGUCUGCGAGGACUGGCUGCACGCGGCGUGCGUCGGCCUCCCGCACAGCGACGACGACGACGACCCGUCCAAGCCGCUGCGCCAGGACGACUUGGACCAGCUCGUGUGCUGGCGCUGCGUCGAGCGCGACCCAGACGUGCGCCGCGUCAUGACGAGGUACGCCGGCGUCGAGGGCACGGGCGUCCUCCUCCUCGCGGCCGACUCGACCAUCCUCGGCAAGGUUCGCUCGGUGGACGACGAGGACGAGGACGAGGGCACGGUCAAGGGUGAGGGCGAGAGCGACGACGAGGGAGCGAGGCGCGAGCCGGUCGAGCCGGUCGAGCCGGCCACGGCGGCGGCGACGCCAGCGCAGGGGGCGCCCGAGCCUGCGGGCGACGGCAAGCGCAAGGCGGAGGACGAGUUGGAAUGCGGGCCGGUCCCGAAGCGCGUCAAGGCCGAGGGUGGGCCCGUCACGGCGAGCGCGAGCGACGCGCCGGUCGCGUCGAGCUCCGGCACGUGUUGCGCGCCGCCGGUUGUGCCCGUCCAGGACUCGCCGCUCGUCAAGCUCGAGCGAGACGGCACGCAGGUCAACGUUUACCUCGAGGAGGGCUUCAUGGAUCGGUGGUGCAGGUGCCGCGAGUGUCUGGCCAUGUUCCUCAAGCUGCCGUUCUUCCUCGAGGAGGAAGAGGUGUUCGAGCCGCCCGAGGACCCCGAUGCUCACAAGUCGACGUUCGAGCUCGGCAUGAACCACCUCUUGACGCGCAUGCCGCGCAUCCAGGCCAUCAACUCGCUGCAGGCGUUCGGCGGGCUGAGCGACCGCCUCAAGGCCUUCUUCCGCCCGCACGCCGACUCGGGCACGACCAUCACGUCCGAGCACAUCAAGUCGUUCUUCGACAAGGAGAAGGAGCGCGAGCGCGGGCCUCAGUGAGCCUCGAGCCGGUCCUCGAGCGUGCCACGGGCGCGGUCCCCUUCCUUCUUACUCUCUUUCCUCCGCACUUCUACCAUGUCCUUUGUAGUAUCGCUAGCAACUCGUGUCUGUCCC